UAUUUAUCUGCUUCGGGAUCACGACUGCAACAGCAUGCCCAGGGUUCCAAGUCCCAAUUAUGCAAGAACGUGAGUGGUGAACGUCAAGAUUAUUGUCUUGUUCCGAUCGGACCUCGACAGAUAUCGUGGCUAUUGAGUGUAAAACGGGGAUAUAUACACGAUGGCAAACGAGUGUUCAACUCAGGCCGCAUGUGCGAUUUCAUUGAUGAAUCAUCUAGGCUUGAAUUCUAGCAUGGAAACUCCGAAAAAUAAAAAUAAAAAUAAACCAUAUUUCGCUCUGUUGCACCAAUCAAUGCUUGGGUAGAAGUCAACUAGCGUAUCAUGGAACCCGUUAGGGCUUUCACGAGCAGAAAAGUGGGCCUGCUCACCGCCUUUGCCAAGAUUUCCAAUAGAUUGCGGAUUUGAACUUUUUCUGCCGUGAAUUUUGGACAUUCAAACUUAGCCAUUCUUUUCAAGCUCUCCGCCAUUUCGCGCUGAACAAUCGCUACGAUGGCGCCCAAAGUUAACGACGAUUUCGUCUUCACGAUUUCAGACCAUGAAGACGUUUCCGACGACGGCGAUCUCGAGGACUCACCUGCAGCGAAACUGUCCGGUCACGGCAAGAAAAGAAAGUUCUCAGAGGAUCCGGAUCAAAAUGUGAAGCCGAAAGAAGUCGCCUCGAGUAAAAAGGCCAAGAAAAGCAAGAAAGGAAAGAAGGACAAGCAAGCUACACCUGAGCUUGCACUCGAGGAUGCCGAGGAAUCGAAUGACAUCGCUCCGCCGGGCGAGGAUGUCGAGAACAACGAUGACAUCGCCAGCGAUUUCGAGUUUGCAAUGGGAGACAUUGACACUGGGGUAAUCGAAGACUUUGAUGGUUGGGGUAGCGCGAGCGCAGUUCAUGCGCAAGAGAAGAGCGCCGCGAACAAGAGUACGGCGGUAGACGUCGACGACAUCAUUGAGAGAAGACGGAACAAGAAGAAGGCGCAAGAAGAUACGAAGGCAGUGGAAGAGAAUGAAGAAGGCGAAGGCGAAGACAACGUGGAUUUUGAAGGCUUUGGCUCUGACGAUGAGCUGUUAGCCGAGGAUGGGUUUGGUAUGGGCGCUGAAAGCGAGGAUGAAGAUGACGAUGAGGACAAGGAUGAGGAUGAAGAUGAGGAUGAGGAUAGCAGCGAGGAAGGCACGGAAAAAGACGCGGAAGAUUCUGACGACGAUGCUGUCGCCGCUCCUGUUCCUCAUCCCAUGGAUUUGGAGGGUAACGAUUCCGAUGACAGCGAAGGAGAAGACGAGGCAGAAACUGCGGCAGAGGCUAAAAAGGCAGCCGAUUUCUUUGCUCCGGAAGAAACCGGGCCAAGUAAGAAGACAAAGGGUGCCAAGGGCGCAGGCUCUUUCCAGACCAUGAACAUCUCUCGACCGAUCCUGAGAAAUCUUACAAACAUCGGAUUCACGGAGCCUACCCCAAUUCAAGCGAAGACUAUCCCCAUCGCAAUUGAAGGCAAGGACGUGGUCGGAGGUGCCGAGACUGGUUCUGGUAAAACUGCUGCUUUCUUGCUCCCCAUUCUCGAACGUCUGCUACACCGAUCGAAAAAGAUUCCAACAACGCGUGUCGCUAUCUUCAUGCCAACACGUGAAUUGGCGGUACAGUGUUUCAACGUGGCACAGAAACUCGGCGAAAACACAGGCAUCACCUUUGCGCUCUUGGCUGGUGGUUUCUCUUCACGCGAGCAGGAAGCAGUCCUCAGAACCAAGCCUGAUGUUGUCAUUGCGACUCCGGGUCGUUUCAUUGACCACAUGCAAAAUUCUGCUGGAUUUCAGGUAGAGAACAUUGAGAUUCUUGUUCUCGACGAGGCCGAUCGCAUGCUCGAAGAAGGAUUCGAAAGCCAACUCAACGAAAUUCUCACUACCAUCCCUAAGUCACGACAGACCAUGCUUUUCUCCGCCACCAUGACCAGUUCUGUUGACAAAUUGAUCCGCAUCGGCAUGAACCGACCGGUUCGUUUGAUGGUCAACGCGAAGAAGCAGACGGUCAGUGGCUUGACGCAAGAGUUUGUGCGUCUGAGACACGGAAAGGAAGACAAGCGGCUGGCGUAUUUGAUGUACAUUUGUACCAAGGUCUAUACCGAUCGAGUGAUCAUUUUCUUCCGGCAGAAGAAGGAAGCGCAUAGGGUCAGGGUGAUCUUUGCGUUGAACGGACUACAAGCCAGCGAGCUUCACGGUAACAUGAGCCAGGAGCAGCGUAUCCAAAGUGUCGAGGCAUUCCGUUCAGGAAAAUCAUCCUAUCUACUCGCUACCGAUGUAGCAUCACGUGGUCUUGACAUCAAGAACGUGUCUACCGUCAUCAACUAUGAAGCCCCGCAGACUCACGAGAUCUACCUUCAUCGUGUCGGUCGUACCGCCCGUGCGGGGCGAAGCGGUCGAUCAUGCACGAUUGCCGCGGAACCUGACCGCAAAGUGGUCAAGCAAGCAGUGAAAACUGCGCGCUCGCAAGGUGCCAAGGUCGUUAGUCGACAGGUGCCUCAAGAGGAGAUGGACAAGUGGACCAAGAAGCUCAAGGACCUCGAGGAGGAAAUCGAGGAAGUUUUGGUCGAAGAAAAGGAAGAACGGGCGCUGAGCAUCACGGAGCGAGAUCUGAAGCGCGGCGAGAACCUCAUUGUUCAUGAAGAUGAAAUCAAGUCCAGACCACGACGUGUUUGGUUCGAGAGCGAGAAAGACAAGCUCGCAUCCAAGGAAAAGGGAGCGGUAGCAUUGAAUGGGCCAGGCCAAACGGACAAACCGAAGAAGAAGCUCAGCGGUAAGGAUCGCAAGAAGCUGGAGGUUCGCGACACGAGGACAGAGGGCAAGAUGUGGAAGAAGGGCAAAGAGGAUAGAGGUAAGAGGACGCUGGACAACAAAGAUGCUAAGCAGCAGAAGGGCAAGGGUGGGAAGACUGGAAAGGGUGGUAAACGAUGA